AUGAGCAGUUGCGAAGUCGUCCAGCUCCCGGCCCGUGGCACACUCGACGUGUUUGCACAUCAGAUUCCGGAGGUCCUGCGCGCCCUGUUGCACACCAUCAUCUUCCACAGGGCACUCGGACUCGUGAGGCCCCAGGAGGUAGACUCCCAGCUCUUUGAUCUCACCUGGGUCCAGUGUGGGGAUCCGAGCGUCGAGCGCAGGAUCGAGGACAAGAUAGCCCAAUUCACGGCCUGGGUCGAGAAGAACCCCAGCAAGCGCGGCCAGGUUUGCUUGUCCUUCUACGAGAAACGUCAGAAGGCGGCUUGGUUUGGGUCUCAGGAACAGCGCUUGUACUGGGAGCAGUGGUACAUCAACCUCAGCACCAAGGAGUCUGCCUCCCUUUCUGAGCAAGACUCUGUCCAGCAGCGCCAGCUGCAGGCCUCUCUCGAGGAGUGCAUCCACUCCAUCCUGCGCACCGUGAACGACCGACGCGACGCCAUCCCUCCCGUAGUCUCCAGCGCCGCCGUCACCUUCCCCUUUGACAUUACCAUCUCGGGCGAGGGGGGCUCCGUCUUCAGCCUGGACGUCGUCAAGCGCAUGCUGCUCACCACCAACCCGCCCUCCGUCCUGCACUGA